GACUGACACCACCUCCUCCUCCUCCUCCUCCUCCUGCUGCUGCUGCUGCUCGCUGUGUGUAUUUCAGCUGCAGCUCCGCCACCCAGCAUCUCACCGCCCAACUACACAGGGAGAAGAAAUGGCCGCUAAUCGGGUCAUCGUGUACGGAGGAAAAGGCGCUCUGGGCUCGAAGUGUGUUCAGCAUUUUAAAUCUAACGGCUGGUGGGUGGCCAGCGUCGACAUCGCUGCUAAUGAGGAGGCGAAUGAAAACGUGAUUGUGAAGUUGACCGAAUCUUUCACCGAGCAGGCAGGACAGGUGACAGCAGAUGUGGCUCAGGUGCUGGGGGAAAACAAAGUGGAUGCCAUCCUGUGUGUGGCAGGCGGAUGGGCUGGAGGGAACUGCAGUUCCAAAGAUUUUUUCAAGAACUCUGAUUUGAUGUGGAAACAAAGCGUGUGGACGUCCACCAUCUCCAGCCACCUCGCCACUCGCCAUCUGAAAUCUGGAGGACUCCUUACCUUGGCGGGAGCAAAAGCUGCUCAGUCAGGCACUGGAGGUAUGGUGGGCUAUGGCAUGGCCAAAGCUGCCAUCCACCAACUGUGUCAGAGUUUGGCAGCAAAAAACAGUGGCAUGCCGGCGGGAGCGGCAGCUAUUACUAUACUACCCGUUACCUUGGAUACACAGAUGAACAGGAAGUUCAUGCCUGACGCAGACUACAGCUCGUGGACGCCGCUGGAAUUCGUUGCAGAAAUGUUCUUUGGCUGGGCCACAGGGGAGAACCGACCCGCUUCAGGAAGCCUGAUGCAGCUUCUGACAUCUGGAGGAGAAACUCAGGCUGUGGCUGCUCAGUAGAGGACAGGGCAGAACUGUGGAGGUGGUUGGUGUCGUAGGGAGAGAAGUAAUGAGGAUUGGUGGAUGCUGAAAUGACGAGAAGGAUCACAAUGACUGCAGACAGAAGAGCAGGAGGAGGGAGAUGGGCACGAAGGCAUAAUGAAGAGUGCUGAGGUAAUGAGGAGAGAAAGUGAUAAAAUAGGGAAGGCACACAGGAGAUGGCCUCAUGGGUUUAAUGUGAAGAAAAGUGGGGGCUUUCUUUGCAAAUGUGGCCUCACAGCUCCAUCUACUUGCAGAAGCUUGCAACUGUUCCUCUGUAACAGGCAAUCCAACUGCAUUAAAUCUCCAGUAAUGGAAAUGCACUGUUGACCAAUGAACCAUCAAGACUUAAUCAGAGUAUUCAAUUUCAUUUAGAAGAACGGUGAUGUGAAAUUGUGCUAAAUCAGAAACAUUGCCACAUACACAGUCAUGUACUGGAGGCUCAUUUGGAGAGGCUGGGGGAUAUUUGUGAGGUCUUACUGUCCUAAUGUUAGCUAUAAAGGAUGUUGUCAAAACAGUCUUGUGGGAAACUGAUGAAAAUUUAAGAGCCAAUCACUAUAAUUCCCGCUGUCUUCAAGUGUGUAUGUUUGCACAUUCAUGCCUAGUACUUGUCUUUCCAUUGUCACAUGUGAGAUGUGUGAACCUUUUAUUUCGCACUGUUCAGUCUAAAGCAGGUCUGACACUUCAGAAACACAAAGUAAGCCGCCGUCUCCUUCCAAAUGAACAAUACCAGUAAAAGUGAUGUGGCCUUAUUUUCUUCGUAGCUUUCAAGAUUGAAAGCGUCCCUUAUGUCAUUGGUGUAAAAGGUGCUCUGAUCCUGCUAUGAGGUUUCUAAGUGUUGCCUUGUGUGUUAAAAUUAACAAUAAAGUGGUCAAAAACUAUA